GUUUGUUUUGUUACUGUAACACAGGAGGAGGUCCUUGAGUACCUCACAACCACACACUGGAUUACCUUGUCUUCACCUACUUCUAGCAGCCCUCUAGCGUCAUACUAGUGCUUCUGGAGCGUUUGUGUUGGCUGUGUCAUCGCUGGAUAUCAUCUAGCGAGUUGUGUGGAUAAUAAUAGUGGUGUGGAUAUGCAACUUUCACAGCGCAAGUGUUGAUACUUGGUGUUCAGUGGUGUUUUAUGUGUCCUUGGCUGUGCUUGCUGACCCAAGUACCACCAGCACUCGCUAGUGUGAUGGACUCACACACUUGCUAGAGCCUGACUACUUACAAGCAGCUCACUGUCACUAGACUCAGCAGAACUUGUGGACACAUUCAUCUGCUGUGGAGGUCGCCGAGCUUGACACUGGCAUAAGGAAUGUAAUUUGUGUAUUAACUGUGGAGGAAUAUAUAGACAAAUGGCAGUGCGGGCAAGAUUUGAGACUGUUUGCUUCAGUGCCUUGCAGGAAGAGAAAGUCCAGCCAGCAUCAGUGCAGAUCAUAUUUCAGUAACAGCUCCAUUUUAAGCUCAACCAGGGAAAGCAAAGUGUCUUCCAAUGUGUCCAUCAGCAGCAGCAGUUCGAGUGAUGAGAUGAGCCUGACAUCAGAUGGUGGGGGGCAAGGUGGAGGGGGAGAGUCCAGCAAGCCAUAUGAUUACUUGUUAAAGUUUCUGUUGGUGGGCGACAGUGAUGUUGGCAAGCACGAGAUCCUACAGCCCCUCGAGGACGGCUCCACCGAGUCCCCCUUCUGUGUUGGCAGUGGCCACAAGACUACCACAAUCCUGCUGGACGGGAAGAGGGUCAAAUUACAAUUGUGGGACACUUCUGGCCAGGGACGCUUCUGCACCAUCAUACGAUCUUACUCACGAGGGGCACAGGGAAUUCUGCUCGUGUAUGAUAUUACUAAUAAGUGGUCCUUUGAGGGCCUUGAUCGAUGGAUGAAGGAGAUUCAAGAGCAUGCUCCUGGUGUUCCCAAGGUAUUAAUAGGUAAUCGGCUUCAUUUGGCAUUCAAGAGACAAGUAAGCCAGAGUCAAGCAGAACAGUAUGCUGCCAAGAAUCAUGUGAAUCUGUUUGAAGUUAGUCCUCUGUGUGACUUUAACAUUGUAGAAAGCUUCACGGAGCUGUCUAGAUUGGCUCUUAAACGCAAUGGCAUGGAACGACUGUGGAGAGCAAAUAAAGUGCUAACGCUGCAAGAAUUAUGCAGUCGUGCCAUUGUAGCAACAACUACUGUGUAUGGGAUUGAACAUCUGCCACUUCCACAGCCUAUCAAGUCACAUCUCAAAAGUUAUACUAUUCACAACCACACCACCCGACUCAGACAGGGGAUUCCAUUAACAGAUAAACACAAAAAGAAGCACCUGAUGAUCCCAGGGGACACUACAACAUCUUGUGUCAACACUUCAACGUGCACUAUUUGCUAGUCACCUUCACCACCUAUGAUUUACCAUCAACUGCUGCCAGCCCUUGCAAACAUGUAGGAAUCACUGUCAAGUGCUGUUAAUUCACAGUAGUCUAUAAAAAUCUUGUCUUUGCAAACUUAUUCUAUUCUGUAGAUGGAUACUAUAUACAUUUAAUUGGUCAUCUUUCUCUAGUGAUGUGUAAAAAAAAUACCGUAAGUUGUGGUAAUAAUUCUUAAAAAAGUAUUUCCACUGUUUUUAAUCUUUAGUGCACAAGUAAGUGCUACAGCAUAAAACAGAUAAUUACACAUUGUGUUCAUUUCACUAGAGUACUUUGAAAAUAUUAUAUGUAAUGUAUAUUUUUAGUUGAAGUUUUGAAUGUAUUUUGAUUUUGAUGGAUACCACUUUAUUAUGAUGCUCAGAAUGGUUUUGUUUGGCAAAAGAUAGAAUCAUUCACAUGAAUUGUGUAACAUAUUUAUAUUAUAAUUUUAUAAACUUUAUUUUGCAUAAUAUGAAAUUCUUUCUUUCAUCUUUCAACACACCGGCCGUAUCCCACCGAGGCGGGGUGGCCCAAAAGGAAA